AUGACUCGUAUCAGUACCAUACGUUGUAGUACCACUAUCAUUGGGGUGGGUACAGGAUAUUCGAAUGAUCCUGUGACUCCUAUUUUAAAAAAGUACAAGGGAAGACAAAGGUAUCAUCGUCAGCAAGGCGGUGGGUUUCUGAGGAAGAGAAGACCAUUUAAGAACCGUUCUACUCGCUGACGCACCCAUAAAUGAUGGAGACGUUGAAGUAAACACAUCAUCUGUAGCGAGAUGGCCGCGAAAACAAGCCGCUAUCAAUCCUAAUCUCAACCUAUUCACGAUUCCACCUACGAGUCUUUCUACUGCCAGUUACAGGUACGUCAAAGUACCACCUCAAACAGUGAGUAUUACUCCGAUUCACGUUUACAUAGAAAGACAAUCGGAUUACAUUGAUCUGGAGCGAAGUUUUGUGAAAUUGUAUUUGGGAUUCAAGACAACGGGAAAUGCCAAUCUCACUUCACGCAAUGACACUGUGAAUCGCAUGACAACUCCAGCCAAUAACCUGGCGCACACACUCUUCAAACAAGUCAAUUUCCGAGCUAAUGGCACCUUUCUCACAGGACAAGAGGACACGUACCAUCUCAAAGCCUACAUACAGACGGUGUUGAAUUAUGACAGAGAUGACGGAGAGACCAUUCUUCAACCCACAGUUUGGAGGAAUGAAAUCGAUUUGCCC